ACAUGGAGCUUGGAGGGGCGCUGACCGCCUUCCUGGGCAUUUGCCUCUCAUGUUUGGUCCUCCUCACAGCAUGGAAAAGAAUGCUUAAAGAGGGGAAGCUGCCCCCAGGGCCAACCCCCCUCCCCUUCAUUGGCAAUUUGUUGCAAGUGAGCACAGAGAAGACCUUCAAGUCCUUCAUGGCGCUCAGGGACAAAUAUGGCCCAGUCUUCACCGUGUACCUGGGGCCUCGGCGGGUUGUGGUUUUGUGUGGGCAUGAGGCAGUUAAGGAAGCCCUGGUGGAUCAAGCUGAUGACUUCAGUGGGAGAGGAGAGCUGGCCAGCAUUGACCGGAACUUCAAUGGCUUUGGAGUUGCCUUCGCCAAUGGGGAACGAUGGAAGCAGCUCCGUCGCUUUUCUCUCACUGUAUUGAGAAAUUUUGGGAUGGGGAAAAGGUCCAUUGAGGAGCGGAUCCAGGAAGAGGCCCAGUACUUGAUGGAAGAAUUCAGGAAAACCCAAGGUUUGCCCUUUGACCCCACCUUCUUCCUAAGCCGCACAGUUUCCAACGUCAUCAGCUCCGUUGUCUUUGGCAGCCGCUUUGACUAUGAAGACAAGACUUUCCUCUCCCUCCUGCACAUGAUCAACGAAUCCUUCAUUGAGAUGAGUACCCCUUGGGCUCAGCUCUAUGAUAUGUAUUCUAGCAUCAUGCAGUACUUGCCUGGGAGACACAACCGCAUCUACUACCUCAUUGAGGAUCUGAAGGAAUUCAUUGGCCAGAAAGUCAAAACCAACCAAGCAACACUUGAUCCUAACAACCCUCGGGACUUCAUAGACUGCUUUCUCAUCCAGAUGGAGAAGGAAAAAGAAAACCCUUCCAGUGAAUUCAAUUUGAAGAAUUUGAUCCUUACCACUCUCAAUUUAUUCUUUGCUGGGACAGAGACCGUCAGCUCCACCCUGAGAUAUGGAUUUCUUUUUCUGAUGAAGCACCCAGAUGUGGAAGAGAAAGUCCUUCAGGAGAUUGACCAGGUCAUUGGACACAAUCGCAUGCCGGCCACUGAGGACAGGAUACAAAUGCCCUACACAGAUGCCGUCAUCCAUGAGAUCCAAAGGCUGACAGACAUUGUCCCCAUGGGAUUGCCACACACUGUGAUCCGGGAUACUCAGUUCCGGGGGUACCUCCUCCCCGAGGGUACAGAUGUCUUUCCCCUGCUGGGGUCAGUCUUACAUGACCCCAAAUACUUCAGCCACUCUGAGAAAUUCCACCCUGAGCACUUCCUGGAUGAACAAGGUCGCUUUAAGAAGAACGACGCUUUUGUGCCAUUCUCCUCAGGGAAGCGAGUCUGCCUGGGGGAAGCCAUGGCCCGCAUGGAGCUCUUCCUCUACUUCACCACGACCCUGCAGAACUUCUUGCUGAAGCCCCUGGUGCACCCAGAGGACAUUGACAUCGCCCCAAGAGUGAGCGGCUUUGGGAACAUCCCCCCCACAUACCAGCUGUGCUUGGUCCCUCGCUAAAUCUCAGCCUGGCAUCUACCACAUGGGUGGGAAGAAAAGACCCCCUGCGUACUUGCAGUCUACUCCCAACUCUUACGCUGAUACAUUUCCUCAUGGACUGCUUCCAAAGUAGAUGCCGUUACACAGCCAUGGUGGAGCUUUUGAGGCUGCAAACUUUCCAAGCUUUCUUCUACCAGGCCCUGCUUGGAGGCUUUUUGGAGGAAACCUCAGCUGGCAACCGAAUGCUGGAUGACAGAAACCUAGAGUUUGAACUGGCUGGACAGCUCUAAUUCCCUGCCCCACCUGCUCAGGUCGAAACUCUCAAGGAAGCUUCUGAUUGGUAUGGAUUUUUAAACAUGUUGCUUUGGCAAUAGCUGCCAUCAGCCCUCUGUGUGACUAAAGCAACCAUUUUGUGGCUGGCUCCACCUCCUGCAGCAGCUAUUUUGUGGCAGCAAUUAUGGGUCUGCACCCACUGUGCUGUAGCAAAAUUCCAGGCUCAGAAAGGUCGGGGACCCUUCAGAUAGAUGAUAGGUCCCAACACUCUCCCUAUGGGAUACUGAGGGGCCUUAUCUUUCAGACAAUACACUGGGAAGGGUCUUCUGACAGCCUUUGCAGGGGUUCCAGUUGUAGUCUCCAAAUGCAAAAUUUUCCCACAGCUUCUCCUUUCUUUCUCUAUGAGCACAGGAAACAUAGCCAAAGCUGCUCUUCCUAGCUACACAGCUUUGAUCAGAAUCUGUCGCCUCUCCCCAUAAUUAGGUGUGAGGCCAGAACUCAAGUCCGGCCUGCGCAGCUGUUUUGAGAAAAGAUAGGUUAGAAACAAACCCCCAAAAAAGCAUCAGACAUCUGACAUCAGAAACAAAACAGGACUUUUUACUGAACA